UUAUUUUCCCAAUCGAGAUUUAGUUCGUGAAUUACAAGUAGAAUGUGGUGAUUUAAUUAAUAAAAGUAUUCAACUUAUGAUAUUGAAAGAAUCUUCUAAAAAAUCAGCUAAUAUUAUAAUUAGAAAAUUGCCUUAUAAUGAAAAAGGAAAUGAAAAAAGGAAUAGUAUAGUAUUAAAAAAGGAUGGAAAAACGGGAGGAAAACAACAACAACAACAAAAAUUUGGUUCUAAAGAUUUUGAAAAUAAUUUUCGUUUUGUUGUGGAUAAAUUGAAAAAAUGA